AUGGCUGCACAUCGCAGGGGCGGAGUGCUGUGGGCUGCUUUGCUGAGUGGACUGGCCUUCAAUGCAUACAUUGUGAGACGCCCUGCCUUCUUGAUGACGGAGACGCACCAAAAGCCUGUGCAAUCCCGUCGCGGCUUCGCUUGGGCAGUUGGCGCUGGGCUGCUUUCGGAGCCAUCUUGGGCAGAGGAAGCUCCGAAGAAGAAGAAGGAGCGCCCGCCUGAAAACUUGCUGGCCGAUGGCUUUGCGUCCAAAGUACCGCCUCUCAACGGCCGCUGGUCAAUUGUAUUCGGGAAGAAGAUUGCCGGAAAGCCAGUCUACAAGAAGGAUGGUGAGCAGCUGUUCCUGAUGAGCAACGACUGCGGUGAGUUCCAAAUAGACACGGUGGCAAAGGCAUCUUGUGAUGGCUCGAUCGGCAUCAAGAAGGAGUCUGGCUGGCUUAUCAAUGGCAAGAGUGCCCCUGACUUCAAGGUCAGGCCAGAGACAAAGGAAGACUUCCAGAAGGUUGCCCUCAUGAGCCAGGGCCAGCUGGAUUCCAUUGUCAAAGCCGACAUGGAGAAAUUUGAGCAGCAGUCGUCUGUCUCGACGUUCCGAGGAAGAAUGGAUGAAGAUGAUGAGGUGCUGGAGGUAGAUGACCUCCCGGCCAACACCUUCUUGUCGCUGAGAUACGGGGACACCCGAAAGCAGGCACCAUUCCGUGCUGGAGAGACCUUCGCGUUUGCGCCAAAUGGGGCAAAGCAGCCAAAAGCCUUCACGGUGGAUGUCUUCCAGAAGGUGGCAUCCUCACAGGUGAGCUUGGCAGGCAUCUCUGCACUUGGUGGAAGCUUGACCAACGUGGAGAUUGAAACUCUGGACAUUGGCUGUGCGCCGCUGAAAGCAUCCUUUGAAGCUUCUCUACGGUCUUUUGACCAGGAGGAGAAGCCAGGAAUUUCCCGUGGUCGAAAUGCCGCGGAGCGCGCGAAGCAGUACAUGGAGCAGAGUGGAGUGCAGCAGUUUCUACAGGAGAUGUUCACUCAGCUCCUCGAGCGCAAGCCGGAGGAUUAUCUAGGUUUUCUUGCCGAUUUCAUAGAGCAGAAACAGGAAGAAGCAGAUCAUGCUGAGCUGCAGAAUGACAUUGACUUCUCCUCGGAACCUGGCUUGGGAGAGGAUGCCCUGCCAGGGUUCGCAGCCUUUCCAUUACCAGAUAUCUCCAAGCACAACAGCAUUGCCACGGAAGUGUUGCAGGCACAGCCCGAGCUCGAGCAACUUGCCAACCUCCGCACGUCCACCGGUGUGUCGUUGGCGCAGUGCAUCAAGCCUGCAGUAGACUGCCCAGGCCAUCCGAUGGUCAAAGUGGCUGGCGCAUUUGCUGGGGACGCGGAAUGUUACAGCUUGUUCCAGCAAUUCUUCGACCCUCUUGUUGCUGCUCUCAGCUGCGGCACCAUUUGCAACGGCGCACCCCAGCCUUCGGAUGGGGAUGUCUCCAAGAUCUCAGGUGCCCAAAUAGACCCAACUGGCAGCUACGUUGUUUACACAGUCUUGGAGGCACGCCGGAAUGUCGCAGGAAUUCGCAUGCCUGUUUGCUGCUCGAGGGAGGAGCGCCGGGAGGUUGAGAGGCUCUUGUCCUCCGCCCGCUUACGUGGCACAUACCUCCCAUUACGUGGCUCCAAGAGCGGCAAAGGAAUGGCAGCAUAUCAGGAGGAACGGCUGCGGAAGGUUGGCAUGUUGUUGACGGAGCCCGACUCCAAGUUGAAGCUGGCUGCAGGCUUCGGACGGCACUGGCCCGAUGCACGCGGGGUUUUCGUUUGCGAUGCCCCGGGGGUCUUCAUUUGGUGCAAUGAGGAAGACCAUUACCGGUUCUUCGCUCGGCAGGAGGGCUCGGAGCUCAAAGAGCUUUACGAGCGCUUGGCAAGAGCCGUGUCUUCAGUUGCGGAGGCAGCCGCCUCUGCGAAACAAGAAUUCGCAGCUUCCAAGCUUGGGUGGCUGACAACGUGCCCCUCACGUGUCGGGGCGGCCUUGCGGGUGACACUCACGUUGCGGAUCCCAUUGCUGGCGAAGGCCGUCGAUCUUCCGGCGCUCUGCGAACGCUUGCAUUUACGCUGCGACUCCAGCAGCUCCGCCAUCUCCGGCAAUUUGUGGCAGGUCCACAGUUUAAGCAGCCUUGGAGUGUCCGAAGUGGAGUUGAUGAAUGAAGUGAUCCAGGGCUGCAGACUCCUUGUGGGACUGGAGCAGCGCUUGGAGCAGAACACGUGCAUCGAUUCCAUCGAGGCUCUCCCGGAAGUCGCCGACCUUGCCGGCUACCCGAGCUAUCCCGCAUUGGUUCAGCAACUUCAUUGCAUCAUGCAACGAUGA